AUGCAUAGCUUAGCAUCACCAAUAGCUUGGCUCUUGGUUUCUAUUUUACGGGUGACGUUUGGAGGUGUUUCUUUUAGUCAAGUUUCGUCUGUCUUGCAAGGAAACGAAGUUGUUAUAGUUGACGAACUCUUGCCAGCUGCUGUGCUGGAAAAGCUGCAUGACCUUUCCAGUCAUUAUGGCUUUUGGGUGUAUAACGACAAUAGCACAGAAAGAAGUCAGUCAUACAUUGUGAAGUCAAGUAAUACACUACGUUGGGUGUCAUAUCUUGACCCCGCUCAUUUACGGAACACUCAGUUAUGGGCUGUCCUUGUCAGAUUAUUGCAACAGUUCCAUGGUGAUGCAGACUACUAUCCAGUAAGAAUCAAUUCAAUCCACAUUCGUAGAUUAGAUUCAAUUGAGAUGAUUCAAGAGUGUGAUGAUGGUUCUUCUUCUCGGGAUGUUGGUCAUUUGGACAUACUUAUGACGUUGUACUUGAAUAAAAUAUGGUUGAAGAAUGAUUAUGGAGAGCUGAUUUUGUUUAAUAAAACUACCAAAGACAUUGUAGCAUCUGUAGUGCCAAAGUAUGGUCGAUUGAUUAUGUGGAACUGUGAUAUCCCAUAUGUUUACAAGCCACCAUCUGUGGCUUACAAACAGGGUCAGUAUGGUCUCGUUCUACGUGCUUCACAAUCUGUGAAAUCAUUUGAAAUGGCAAAGAGUUUCUAUCAAAAUCUAAGAAGAGAACACAAACACAACAGGAGAGUUGAUUUUUCUCAGACUAUUCAACAUGGUUUACACAUGACCAAUGGUGCUGGUGGUGUUCGCUCACAUAUGACAAGGCUAUAUCAUGACAGCAAGAAUAGACCAGUUGCAGUGUAUGAUGAUCUAUUUAGUAAUGAAGAGAUUCAAAGGCUACAAUCUGAUCUUGUAAAGCCAUAUAAUACAUUUCUAUAUCAGCCAUAUGAUGAGGGAGUUAUUCAGGAUAGUGAUAAUGUGCAAUGGAUAGUACCAGUGAGUGUUGCUGCUUUUGUGAAAACUCCACUGUGGAAGAUCUUUCAAUAUGUAACACAAGACACAACAGGCAUUACUGACUGGUACCCUUAUGAUGUGUCAAUGAAUGUCAUUCGUUCUGCUGAACACACUCGAAUACAUGCUGACUGUGAAGAUUGGGAGGAAGAGUACACUUUGCUUGUUUAUCUCAACCCUGAAUUUGAUACUCCAGAUUCACAUGGGGAAACUGUCUUCUUUGAAGAAAUUUCUUCAAGUGAUGGAGAACACUAUCAUCGUGGUAAUGAAAUGUAUGAGAUAAUAGCUGCAGUUAGGCCACGUUUUGGGCGUGUUGCUAUUUUUAAUGGAAUGAUACCUCAUUCUGCUCGUCCUCCCAAUAUACAUGUUGCAGUUACAAGGUAUACAUUUGCAGUGAAAGUAAUGAGGACAGAGCGUGUGGCUCUUUCAAAGGCAUUAAUAGAACUUUUGGAAGGAGAGCAGGACAGAACUCCAGACGAGCAGUCACAAGAGAACCGCGAGCUUCUUUCCACAUUGACAAGUGAAAUGGCACAGCGAGAUCCACAACUGUAUUUACCUUCUGUAGAUGAGUUGAGGGAAAAUGUGCAACUCUCAGAAGAAAUUAGAGAUAGAUUUCUCACUGAGGGACAUGCCAACUUAUUAAAAGAGAUAGAACACUUAUUGAAAGAAAAGUAACUGUAUUUGAGAUUAACUGCAAGCAGACUAAAAAUGAUGGAGCAGCUGCUACAAGUUAAUGAAUCAAGUUUUAGAUGUUAGUUAGCCUCUGUACAGGAAUGUGAAUUGCCAUAUACCUUUGUAGACAUUAUCAUUUCUAUCACACAUACUAAAAAACAGUACGUGUGUGGGGGGUAGGGGGAAGGCAGGUGUGUGAGUGGGUGUUAUUUUUAUGUAAACAGUAGGCUUUCAGUUUAAUUAAUUAAGAGUAAAAAUUUAAGGAUUGCCGUACAUUUAUUUGUGACAAAUAAACAACGCAGAAAAGUCUUGCAU